AUGGGUAUUAAGAAGGGGAUUCUAACCGGUGCAUCGCUUGGUGUUUUCCUCGCAUUCCUCUUCUCGUCGUUUGGCCUUGCGUUCUGGUAUGGUUCAACGUUGAUCACGUCUGGUGAACUGCAACCGGGCGCAGUUUUCACAGUGUUUCUAGCCGUGAUGAGUGGUACAGCGUCAGUGGGCAUGAUUGCACCUCAAGUGACACUUUUUGUCACGGCCAAAAGUGCAGCUGCACCAAUUUACGCUAUUAUCGAUCGGGUACCCCCAAUAGACAGCUAUUCAAAUGCUGGUAUUCGACCUGCGUCUGUGGAAGGCAGAGUGAAAUUUGAAAAUAUCUCAUUUCAGUAUCCGAAUCGGGACAAAAAUGUUAUCGAUAAUGUGAGCAUUGAUAUAGAACCUGGUAAAACGAUAGCGUUGGUUGGACACAGUGGAUGUGGCAAGAGCACUUUAAUCAGUUUAUUACUACGCUAUUAUGAUACCAACUCUGGAUCGAUCAAAGUAGACGGCGAGGACAUAAGAAAUUUGAAUCUGGAUUGGCUUCGGAACAUCAUCGGAGUGGUAUCACAAGAGCCGAUCCUUUUCAAUGUGUCAAUUGCUGAAAAUCUCAGACUUGGUCGUGAAGAUCUGCUGAUUAGUGAAAUGGUGAACGUUUGUAAAAUUGCAAACGCUCACGACUUUAUCAUGGAUCUACCACAGGGCUACGAUACGUUGAUAGGUGAAGGUGGUAUACAGCUGUCGGGCGGUCAAAAACAACGAAUCGCUAUUGCAAGAGCACUGGCCAGGAAUCCACGAAUUUUGCUGCUGGACGAGGCAACCAGUGCAUUGGACGUAGAGAGUGAACAUGUCGUACAGGAAGCACUUGACAAAGCUUCAGAAGGACGUACCACCUUAGUGAUAGCACAUCGUCUAUCAACCAUCAAAGAUGCUGAUCAAAUAAUCGUCAUGCAGGACGGUAAAGUGGUCGAGACAGGAACGCAUGUUGAGCUGAUUGCAGUCGAAAACGGUGUCUACAGGCAACUCGUUGAUUCGCAAGCGAUGAAUGAACCAAAAGAUACGUCAGGCAAAACAUCGCAUGAGAAGAAAUCAACAAUACGAAGGCAUGUAUCAGUUGUUGAACCAUCUGCAACGGAGGCAGCUAUUCAUAUGCAUGAUAAAGACGGUGAACUAUCGGAUGGCUCGGAAAUAAUGGCAUUAUCAAAGCUAUCCAAAUCAACAUUACAACGGCGGAAAAUUAGUGCGAAAUUUACACGAAGCGUUUCGAAACCAGACGAGCAAGUGGAUCGACUGAAAGAGGAACUUGUUGAAGAAGGCGCACGAAAAGCGACCUGGAAAGAGAUUCUGCAUGAAGCAAAAGGCGAAUACUGCUUAUUACUAACGGCGAUUCUGUUCUCGAUUCUGCGUGGCCUCAUGAUGCCCGUAUUCUCAAUUGUUUUCGGACAAAUGUUCCAGAAUUCUCUGUUCUUCGUUGGUCUCGGUAUAAUUCAAGGCACAGCGGCGUUCAUUUGCAUCUCACUUUAUGGAACCGCGGGUGAACGACUCACAAUGAAAUUGCGAAUGUCGGUAUUUCGGAGUCUGUUGCGUCAGGAUCUUGCAUAUUUUGAUGAUUCCAGGCAUUCUGCAGCAAAGAUGACGACUCGUUUGGCCACGGAUGCGCCGAAUGUUAAAUCUGCGAUUGAUCAACGCAUGGCCUCAAUUGUGCAAGGAUGCGUAUCGCUAACUUCCGGUUUAGUAAUCUCAUUCUUGUUCGGAUGGCAAAUGUCAUUGGCCACGGUGGCAAUCUUCGUCAUUCUUCUUGGAAUUCAAAUUCUAUUGAAUCGUAUUAUCCAAGCACGAGAUCAUCGUGAUGUGCGACAUGCCGAAGAAGCGGGCAAGAUUGCAAUUGAAUCAAUUGAGCAUGCACGUACCGUUCAAGCGCUUACCAAGCAGACUUAUCUCUGUGAUCAAUUCGUUACUGCAAUGGAUAAAACAUUCAAAAGUCAACUGCUCAAAGCUCAACUUCAAGCGUCAGUUUACGGUCUUGCCUCAUCACUGUCACUGUUCAUUUCUGGUGGUGCCUAUGGAUUUGGUGUCUACCUUAUCACAUUGGGCCUUAUGACACCGUAUCAAGUUUAUCAAGUGAUCACUUCGUUGAAUAUGUCAACAAUGGGUGUUAUGAAUAUGGCCGCUUUCUUGCCCGAGAUCCUUAAGGCACGCAUGGCUGGUGGUUUGAUUUUCGCGAUCAUCCGUCGUGAACCAUCCAUUGACAUUACCUCACGCAAAGGCCUUAAAGAAGUGAGUUUUUGCUAUUGUGAAGAAUAUAUCAAUGGUUGUUCAGAGAUGUGUACGAUGUCAUCUCCAACAAAUGACCAGUGCUGA